GAGAGGGGGGGGGGGGAGAGAACUGAUGGAAUGUAGCAGGGCCAGCCAUGUGCUGACUGGAGGAAGAGCAUUCGUUAAACAGACUGAAUCAAGGGUGUUUCCCCAUCGGCCUGAAUUAGCUUUGAUCGUGUUCAGGUGGUUGACCACACCCCAUGUUGUUCUGCAUACCAGGAGCAACACGCCCGCUGUCAACUGUGUCGUUUUCUAUGAAGUCAGCUGGAAACGCAUUUUAAACAGAUUAACAAACUAUUUCAAUAUUCAGAUCCCACUGCCGUGAGACCAUGAUGGCUUCUUCUAGUGUCCAGGAGCUGUUCACAGAACAGGAGCUGACCUGCUCUAUCUGCCUGGACCUGUUCAGUGACCCUGUGUCCACUCCGUGCGGGCACAACUUCUGCCAGGGCUGCAUCGGCGGCUACUGGGCCUCCAGCCCCGUGUGUACCUGCCCGCUUUGCAAGCACCAGUUCCCGGAGCGGCCGCAACUUAGCAUCAACCGAGUGUUCUCGCACAUCGCCGACAAAUUCAAAGAGACCCGUUACGGCUCGGCAGGAAUGACACUGUUGCCGAUGUCUACGGUUGUCCCCGGAUCCAACACCAACCCCUUCCUGAAGGAGGAGGAGGUGGUGGUGUGUGACGUGUGCACGGGGAAGAAGCAGGUGGCGGUGAGCUCGUGCCUGACGUGCACGGCGUCCUACUGUGAGGAACACCUUAAGCCGCACCGGACCACGCCGUUCUACGCCAGCCACCAGCUCCUGGACCCCAUGGAGGCCUUGCGCGGACGCAUCUGCCCCCUCCACCACCGGCUGCUGGAGGUGUUCUGCCGGACGGACCAGGCGUGUAUCUGCGCCAUAUGCGUCCUGCAUGAGCAUCGCACGCACAACACCGUCUCCGUUCAGACGGAGAGGAUCGUUAAGCAGAAGCUCCUGGGGAAGACAGAGCUGGAGAUCCAGAAGAGGGUGGAGGGGAAGAGCCUCCACCUGGCGGAGCUGAAGGAGCGUCUGGAGACCAUCAGGAACUAUGCUCGCAGUGAGGUGUCCGAGGUGGAGCACCUGCUGGGGGAGCUGUCCCUGUCGGUGGAGCGCAUCCGCAGUGAGCUGGUGGAGGGGAUGGAGGAGAAGCGCGUCUCCGUGGAGACGCAGGCGGAGGAGCAGGUGGCGUGCGUGGAGGCGGAGCUGACGGAGCUGCAGCAGAGGAGGGCGGCGCUGGAGGAACAGGCCACGUCCCAGGACCACGUCAGCUUCCUGAAGUCCUUCCAGCAGGCUAACACGCCUCCGGUUUCGGACCCGUCCGUAGACCUGGAGCGGGAGCCGUCGCUGCACUUCCCCCUGGACGAGGUAAAGCUGGCCCUGGCCGAGGUGAAGGACAGGAUGGACGACAUCCACAUGGGCGAGGUCCGCCCUCGGGGGUCUUGCGGCAGCAUUACCUCCUUACCAGAGAGUGAAAGCAUGAUGAGUGUACAAGGACUCAGGAAGAGUCAGUGGUCUCUACGAGAUCUCAAGAAGAUCAAGCCAAAAUCAGGGCUGAAGAAAAUCAAGCCCUACAUGGAGGACGUGACGUUAAACCCGGUGACGGCGUACCCCUUCCUCAUCCUGUCAGAUGACAGGAAGCAGGUGAAGAGAGGGGAGAAGCUGCAGUUCUACAGGAACACCUCCCAUCGCUUCGACGUCUGGUCCUGUGUGCUGGCCAAGGAGGGCUUCCACUCUGGACGCCAUUACUGGGAGGUGAAUGUGGGGGAGAACAAGGACUGGAAGGUGGGCGUGGUGAGAGAGUCGUCUCAGAGGAAAGGCCUGUUUGACAUGAGUCCCGCCAGCGGCUACUAUGCCCUCUGGUGGGGGGGUACCCAGCUCCGCGCCCUCACCGCCCCGCCCCUGGCCAAGGUCAAGAGCCCGGUUCGCAUCCGCAAGGUGGGCGUGUACCUGGACUGCGAGGAGGGUCAGGUGACCUUCUACAACGCCAAGACGGGAAGCGAGGUUCACAGCUUCCAAGUGCCGGCGUUCUCGGAGCGGAUGUUCCCUCUGCUGGGCACGGGUGAUAAGGAAGUUCCUCUGGUCCUCAUGACCGCCCAGUAUUCCAGCGUUCCAGAGUGAACGAGGAUGAGAGGGGGGGAGGGGGGGGCGUGGUCGUCUGAGGGAGCUGCUGUGAUAUUUGUCUGUGUGUGUGUGUUUGUCGGGUUAGUUUUUUGCCUGCUCCAUGCUGGUGACGCUGUUCUGUGUAAACAAGUUGCCUCAGAGCUGGGCUGAUGAGCGAGGGGACCAACAGGCUCGCUGUGGAGCCUCACAGUCUCUGCUGCUGUUCUGCAGGCGGCAUCUACGGUGAAGGUCUAGACGACAUCUUCUCUCUCUUCUCUGGAAAAGGGGAGCAGCGUUCAGAAUGUUGUAGAAAAUCAUGGAAAACGUCCUCUACGGCCACCGUGCAAAGCCUUGUCUGGUCGACUUUUCCUCUUUGAGAUCUUCCACAACCCUGCCUCCCCCUGCCUCCCCCUGCCUCUCCCUGCCUCUCCUUGCCUCUCCCUGCCUCCCCCUGCCUGACGCCCUGUACCCGAACAGGACAUGGACUCAGUGUUCUUGACAGUAUUGUGCAAUCAUCUGGCUGCAUGGGUGUGGUAGAAUGCUAUGACUCAUGAUGAUUGUGUAGCCUCGAUCUUUCCUCCAUAUAAGGCCAUCCAGGCUCUCUUUAAGACCCAGUUUUUCUCGUCCAGAUCCGACCCUUCCCCUGGAGGAGGGGCACACCUCCUGGGCCAGGGUGAAGAACACGUCAUGCUACUCUAAAGCUCCCCUGUGGAUCUGUUUAGUUUAGUUUUCUAUUUUUCAUGUUUUUUUUGGGGGGGGGGAUAGUUCCUCUUGAAAUAUCUUCCCAGCUGGCACAUUCAUCCUACUGAUUGUAGACACAUUUAUUAUUUUAAUCAUGUUAUGCUUGUUUUUAUGUGUGUAAUGUAUAGGUUCCCAUCUCUAUUGUAUAACCUUAAUGUAUGUUUUAAAAGAAUACAUGUGUAAUAUGUCACUAAUAAAGAUUUGUACAAUAACAACAA